UUUAUAGAUGAAUCAUCUAAAAUUCGUCAACACAAAAUAGAAAUUUGAAAAAAUCGGAGCAACACACACACUUCUAGGCAAAAUCUCAAGCAAGGAUGCUGACACGAAGAAGAUGAGACGGGAAAUCUUGACUCUAGUCAAAAGUGUGGGUUCAGCUGUGGAUUGUCGCCUGUUCCCGCUCAUUCGUCGAACGCCACGCGGUGCGUGAGCACGUUGUCUAGGCCCUUCAGAUAUAUUUCCUCGAAUUUCGAGGGCACGUGGAGAACCAAGAACUCACUGACAUUUUCCACUGCUCUUCGCAUCUUCUCUGCAUAUUCAAUAUUUAACAACUUCCCCGGUACAUCGUCUGCAGGGAGAGAAUCACGAGGCAGGAGGGGGCUCGCUACAGAUAAGGAGUGUUGCAAGAUGACGAUGGAGGGAUGUUCAGAGGCAAUGUCACGUCUGGCUGUUGGCAAUGACGAGGAGAGAUUGCCAAGAAGCAAGGGAGAGUUCAGGGGCCAGAGAAUUUCAGGUUUGACACACGAGUGCGGAGUUUUUGGUUGCAUUGCUGCCGGCGACUGGCCCUCAACCAUUGAUGUGGGACAAGUUGUCUGUCUCGGACUUGUAGCCCUACAGCAUCGAGGCCAAGAGAGUGCAGGGAUUGUAACGAGCGAGGGAGUAUGUGCUAAAUCUUUUCACGUGCACAAGGGUAUGGGGAUGAUUAAUAACAUAUUCAACGAUCAAAGCAUGAAAAAAUUGAAAGGGAACUUGGGGAUCGGUCACACGAGGUACAGCACCAGUGCAGCCAGUGAGGAAGUUAAUUGCCAGCCCUUCGUGGUUCACACUGCACAUGGUGCUUUGGCUGUUGCUCACAAUGGAGAACUUGUAAAUACGGAAUCACUGCGAAAGAUGGUACUCGGCAGAGGCGUUGGUUUGAGUACCCACUCAGAUUCCGAACUGAUAACCCAAGCCCUAUGUCUGAACCCUCCAGAGGGUGAGGUGAACGGUCCAGACUGGCCAGCACGUAUAAAACACCUGAUGCAGCUGGCCCCACUGUCCUACUCCCUAGUGAUUAUGCAGAGGGACAAAAUUUACGGAGUGAGAGAUCCAUACGGUAAUCGUCCCCUGUGUCUGGGUAAGAUCGUGCCAAUCGGCAAACUAGCUGGAAACGAGUCUGAAGACGAGGACGACCCAGAGGGCUGGGUAAUAUCAUCGGAGUCCUGUGGCUUCCUGAGUAUCGGUGCUCGUUACGUCCGGGAAGUUUUCCCUGGGGAAAUUGUCGAGCUCACCCGAGAGGGAAUAAAAACGAUAGACAUCGUCGAGAGGCCGGACAAGAGGCCCCAGGCAUUCUGUAUAUUCGAGUACGUGUACUUUGCGAGAAGUGAUAGUAUUUUCGAGGGCCAGAUGGUGUACUCGGUGCGUAUGCAGUGCGGCAGAAUGCUAGCUGAGGAGUCACCAGUUGAUGCAGAUAUUGUGAGCUCAGUGCCUGAAUCUGGUACAGCAGCAGCUCAUGGAUACGCUAGACAGUCAAAAAUACCCUUCGCCGAAGUUCUCUGCAAAAAUCGUUACGUUGGAAGGACGUUUAUCCAGCCCAGCACCAGACUGAGGCAGCUGGGGGUUGCCAAGAAGUUUGGGGCACUCUCAGAGAAUGUCCGGGGAAAAAAAUUGAUACUUAUCGACGACUCCAUCGUCAGGGGGAAUACUAUUGGACCCAUUAUAAAAUUGCUACGAGACGCUGGAGCUAAGGAGGUACAUGUCAGGGUGGCAUCACCUCCUCUUAAAUAUCCCUGUUACAUGGGCAUUAAUAUUCCCACCCGGGAGGAACUCAUUGCCAAUCGAUUGGAUAGUGUCAAGCUCGCUAAACACGUGGGGGCUGACUCCCUCACUUAUCUAUCGGUUGAGGGCCUUGUUCAGGCUGUCAGACAUAAGAUGGAUAACCGAGAGAGCAACUACAUUGGGCACUGCACUGCUUGUCUCACUGGAGACUAUCCUGAUGAACUCCCUGGGGAUCUCGACUGGUGAACCUGCGGAGGGCUAAUUUACGCCUUUUAGGAGCAACCUUCUCGACUCUUUUUCAUAGAAUACUUCAAUUACAGUAUUGAAUCAGCUUCGCAUGGAUAGUACACCCAUAAAAAAAAAUCUAUUAGCAACGUGCCUUCGUGUGCCUCCGUUAACUAUUGACUCAUAUUUAUUUGGACAUUUUCUACUUUGCCAUUUGUUAAUAGUCAACGAAUCCCGUUAACAAUAAAUUAUUCGGUCUAUCAGGGUACAGGUCUCCAGGUUCUCCAGCUCCGGGGUUUCAGGUCAAACGGAGGUUUUUCCAGUUUAAUUUAGGUAUUCAUUUACUUUUAGUCUCCGAGUUCUCCGCAAUUUCUUUAUUGUACAAACGGGCGAUGGACGAUUAUGAAUAAACUGUAUAACUGUAUAACUGUAUAACUGUAACUUUUAAGUUGUUAUCACUUGAGAAAAUAUGGAUAUUCAAAUAAAAAAAUAUAGAACUCCA